AUGGAGCUCGAUGACGAGGCGUUUGCUGCUAUGCUGGCCGUCACCCCACUGGCUACGCUGAACAAGUUGGCGAAAGAGACAAUUUCAGAUGAGGAGUCAAUGCUGCCUCUAGCUUUUGAAGGACUAGAAGCUCUCGAGGACUAUGAGACGGAUCAUCCGCCCCGUAGCAGCACCGAAAACCCGUGUCUAAUUAAGGGGACGGUAUCAGAGAUGUACCGCACUGAGAUCGGUCACAUCAUUUCUCCUCCAGUCAACCGUGACCUUGGGAAGACCAAGGAAUUUCUCCAGUGCUUGGAGCAAGCAUGGCCUUUGCUCUUUGAUUCCGCCAUCGACAUCAACUCCAGCAAGGAUCUUUUUCGCCCUUCUGGCUCAUCGGAAGUCAAAGAGAAAUUUAUCGACAAUGAAAGCUGGAAUCAGAUCUGCCUGGAUCUCACUGUCAAAUGA